AUGGGGAAAGACUACUUCGAGGUGGCCGGUCGCCAGUUCCCGGCGGUGACCUGGUACAAAGAUCCAGCUCUGCGAAAGACCUACAUCAUUCUCAUGUUCGUGGUCUUGACCAGUGCCACAAACGGUUACGAUGGAUCUAUGAUGAACGGUCUUCAGACUCUGACACCAUGGAAAGACCAUUUCGGCAACCCUUCAAAGGGUAGACUCGGUAUAUUGAAUGCCAUCAUGGCUGCUGGUUCCAUCUCGGCCAUCCCAUUCGUGCCCUACGCCGCAGAUAUCCUCGGUCGUCGCAUGGGUAUUCUCGUGGGAUGUAUCCUCAUGCUGGUUGGUGUCAUCCUGCAGUCGAUCGGUUCCAACUACGACAUGUUCUUGGGUGCUCGAUUCUUGAUCGGUUUCGGUGUUGCCAUUGCCCACGGAGCCUCCCCCUUGCUCAUCACCGAGUUGGUCCACCCACAACACCGUGCCGUCUUCACCACCAUCUAUAACACGACCUGGUACGCGGGUUCCAUCGUUGCCGCUUGGCUUACCUACGGCACCGAUCAUAUCAGCAACAACUGGGCAUGGCGUAUUCCCACCAUUGUUCAAGCUGCCCCCAGUUUGAUCCAGAUCGCGUUUAUCUGGUUCGUGCCCGAGUCCCCCCGUUGGUAUAUUGCCCACGGCAAGGAAGAGAAGGGUCUCGCGGUCCUUGGCAACGUCCAUGCCAACGGCAACAUCAACGACGAAAUGGUCCAGGUCGAAUUCGUCGAAAUCCGCGACACCAUCAGACUCGAGAAGGAACUUGAAUCCAAUGGCUGGAUGGAGCUCAUCAAGACCAAGGGUAAUCGACGCCGACUCAUCAUUCUCUUGUCCGCCGGUCUCUUCUCACAAUGGUCCGGCAACGGUCUCGUCUCGUACUACAUCACCAAGGUCUUGGAUCAGAUUGGCUACACCGACACCUUGACCCAGAACUUGAUCAACGGUGUCCUCCAAAUCUUCAACCUCUUCAUCGCCGUCCUCUCCUGCUUCUUCGUCGACAAGAUCGGUCGUCGCAAGCUCUUCCUCUUCUCCACCACCGGUAUGCUCAUCACCUUCAUCUGCUGGACCAUCUGCUCGGCCCGCUUCGCCAUCACCGGCGCCCGAGGUGCCGCCAACGCCGUCGUCGGCUUCAUCUACAUCUACUACUUCUUCUACAACUGGGCUUGGUCCGGUAUGUUGGUUGGCUACACCGUCGAAAUCCUCCCUUACAACAUCCGUGCUAAGGGUAUGACCGUCAUGUUCCUCAUGGUCGACGCCGCCCUCUUCUUCAACCAGUACGUCAACCCAAUCGCCCUGGGAGACAUCGGCUGGAAGUACUACAUUGUCUACUGCGUCUGGCUCGCCGUCGAACUUGUCGUGGUCUACAUCUUCUACGUCGAGACGAGAAACACUCCUCUGGAAGAAAUUGCCAAGCAUUUCGACGGAGAAGAUGCCCUGCUGGCUGGUGGUGCUGCCACCCACAAGGGUCUCGCCAUGGCCACCGAGAUGGGUCUCGAGGGCACCGUCCUCCAAGCCACCGAUGAGAAGAGAGGUGGUGCUGAAGUCGAGCACGUGCCCCACAAAGAUUCCGUGUAAAAAACCCCAAACAAAUCAGCGCUUCUCUCUGCUCUCUGCUUUUUGUGCGGUGGAUAUGUUUGACGAGUACACAGGCUCACAAGAGGAAGAGGAAAGCUCGCAGUCUUAAAGAAGAAGAAUGAAAUGAAGGGAUCAAAUGAUUUAGCCAACAGGUUUGAAG